AAGCUGUAUGUUUGUGAUAUGAUAAGCACCGAAUAUUAAAAACAAGUUGUUGGGGGUAUUUUAAUGAGCUGUAAAUGGUUUCCUGAUCUCAAUGAAAUCCACAAAUUUAUUAAUUUAUUUAAACUACUGCAAGUUUCUCUCAUUUAUUGUUUUAAUGAUUUAAUUACUGCAUCAAUGGAAUUUCAGCAUUUUUAAUUUACAUAAUGGAACUGGAGAUCUUGCAGGAUGUUGUUUGCAGUGCUUUAUAACUGACUCUUACACAUAUCAUGACGUGUCAGAUGAAAAGUGACUCUCGUCCUGUUUUACUUCCUCAAUAUUUUCAUUUCAAAGCUGUCGGACUUAAAGACACAGACAGACGGUGAAGCUGCUCAAAUAUCUUUCAGCUCAAAAUGUCUACAGAAAUUCAAAGUGUUGAAGAUUUCAGGGUGAAAUACAGCAGAGGGUCCCAAGAGGAUGGAAGAGUGAGAGAGCAAAGUGAGGUGGAGGUGUUAGAUGAUGGAGAGCAGCACCCUGAUGUUGGCCUACAAGAAGCUGAUGAAAACAUCCAGAAGAACGUUCCAGCUUUAACAAGAAGCUGGCUCAGAGUUUUUGAGGGAAACCUGGGAGUGCUGUAUCUUCUGAUGCUGGCUGGAAUCAUGACACGCUAUAUUUUAGUCACUUUGGACAAAGAGCAGCUGCAGAACAGAAACAAUGAACUGAGCAACAACUUCAGCCUUCUGGCUAAUCACUCCAGUCAGCUACAGGAAGAGGUCAAGCAGCUCAAAGAAAAGAUGGAAGAGAAGUGUCCCGAUCGAUGGACGAGAUUUGGAAGCAGCUGUUACUUUAAAUCCACUGAGGCAAAGCACUGGCAGGAGAGCAGGAGAGACUGUCAGGAUAAAGGAGCUGACCUGGUGACGAUAAACAGCAAAGAGGAACAGGAAUUUAUCAAUGAACUGAACAUGAGAGGAGAGUCCUGGAUUGGUCUGACAGGCAAACAGACAUCAGGAGGAUAUAAAUGGGAAUGGGUGGACGGAUCAGCGCUGACACAAACGUGAGACAUUAGUUUGUUUCUAUUCCAGAGUUAUUAUUUAGAAGUGAAACAUUGAUGUUUUGGAAGAUAGAUCAGCAAUACAUGAGCUGAGCUAUUUUCCAACAGCCCCACAAACUGAAUGUAAAGAAAAGCAGAAAUCCUUCUUUGAAUGAACAGCUGUGUUUGAACUCUCUUCAUCUGCAGUCUGUGAUGACGUUCAGUUACAACAAGUAUGAAAUGAAAUGUCCUGCAUGAGCCUCAGACUCAGCUCACAGUUUUUACUUGUUCAUUCUGCAUCAUAUAUUGAUUACAUAUAUUGUCGAAGGACCUUGGAAAGAAAAGCUUCUGGACUUCUUUAAGUUGCUUAAAGACGUUUCACCUCAUCCACCUCUUGGAUGAGAGGUGAAACAAAAAAGGGGGGGGGGCAGUGUACAAUGAACAUAGAAAAGCAUAACUAUAACAAUAGUAGCAGCAACAAUGACAAUAACAAAACAAAACGAAACCGGUCUCAAAAGGAGACUGCUAUCCUUCCCGUGAUCCCAGUCCAUCCUCUCAGU